AUGUUGAGCUGGGUCCAGAGGGUGCUGCCUCAGCCCCCAGGGACCCCUCAGAAGACCAAGAUGGAGGAAGAGGAGGGGGCAGAACCAGAGCCAGAGGUGGAGCCGGAACCAGGGCCAGAGCCUGAAACAGCCCCGGGGGAGGCUGAGCAAGGGGCUGAAUCCUCGCCACCUGAGGAGCCUUUGGGGGUAGAGGAACUGGCUGUAGCUGACCCAGGCCCUGAGGACAUCCAGGAGGCUGCCCCUACUUCGCCUACAUCCCUCCAGGCCCAGGUCACCGUGGUUCCUGAAGUGAACAGCAGUUCCAGCAGCUCUGUGCUGAGCUGGCUCAAGAAGGGCAUGGAGAAGGUUGUCCCACAGCCAGUCCCCAGUGGCGGGCCCGCCCAGAGCACUGCUGCUGGCCCAGAGAGUCCUGCUCAGGCAGGAGCACAGACAUCCGGGCAGUGCAACACUGGGGGCUCAGAUGGACUCGUGGAGGCCCCUGGGGCCCAGGACACCAGGUCUGGACCCUGGCUGCUCAGGUGGCUUGAGCAGAAUCUGGAGAAAGUGCUUCCUCAGCCCCCAAAAACCUCCAAGGACUGGAGAGAUGAGCCUGAAGAUGCUGCCUUGGGCCCAGAGAACCCAGAACCAACCUUGGAAACUGAGCCCAUCCUGCAGGCUCCGGAGAGCCCUUGCAUGCCCACGGUGGGCACCCCGGAGCCCAAGGAGGGGCUGACCUCAGAGCCCCAGCCCAGCUCCCAGGCUUCCUCCCUGCUGUCCCCCAGCGACCCUGCCAGGUUGAUGGCUUGGCUCCUGCACAGGCUGGAGAGGGCCUUGCCGCAGCCCACGCUCCACGGGAAGGCUGGGGAGCAGGAGCCUGAUGCCCCUGGGACAUGUGACGUGCAGCCAAUCUGCAUCCUCCCUGGAGGCCAAGAGGAGCCCGAUCUCGUCCUAGAAGAGGUUGACCCUCACUGGGAGCAGCACGAACAUCAAGACGGCGGCACUGACCUGCAGGGCUCAGAGGCGGUUCCAGCUGAUGAAGAGGAGAACGAAGCCUUGGAAGAGAUGCCGAGGGAGCUGCCCCAGAUUCAAGAGGAAAGAGAAGAUGAGGAGGAGGAUGGAGAGGAAGAGGAAGAAGAGGAGGAGGAGCCGGAUGUCCUGCUGGAUAGCUGUCUGGAGGUGCAGGCUGGUGAGGAUCCAAGUGGAGUAGACGGCACCCACCCCCAGAAGGCCUCGCAGCAGGAGCUGCCCAAGGAAGAGGCCGUGACUGUCAGUCCAGAAGCGCCGGCUACAAAGGAGCUCCCGGAAGUGCAGGUGGAAGAUGCUGACGCGGCCCACCAUCCCCUCAUCGUGGAGAACCCGCCCACACCCGAGCUGCCACCACCCUCUCCUGCCAAAUCCGACACCCUCGCGGUCCCGGGGUCUGCCGCAGGGUCCGAAAGGAAGAGGCUGCCCUCCCAAGAUGAUGACGUUGAAGAGCUCAAGGCACUGCCACCAGCUGAAUCACCCAUGGUCGCCUGGUUGGACCCGUCCAGCCCACAGGGCACUGAUGGCCAGGAUCGUGCAGCCUCGGCAGCCAGCCAGAACAGCGCCAUCAUCAACGACCGGCUCCAGGAGCUGGUGAAGCUUUUUAAGGAGCGGACAGAGAAGGUGAAGGAGAAGCUCAUCGACCCUGACGUCACCUCCGAUGAGGAGAGCCCGAAGCCCUCCCCAGCCAAGAAAGCCCCGGAGCCGGCCCCGGAAGAGAAGGCGGCUGAGGCCGGGCAGACCGAGGAGGAGCACUAUUGCGACAUGCUCUGCUGCAAGUUCAAGCGCCGCCCCUGGAAGUCCUACCGGUUUCCACAGAGCAUCGACCCGCUGACCAACCUGAUGUACAUCCUGUGGCUGUUCUUCGUGGUGCUGGCCUGGAACUGGAACUGCUGGCUGAUUCCCGUGCGCUGGGCCUUCCCCUACCAGACGCCGGACAAUGUCCACCUGUGGUUGCUGAUGGACUAUGUGUGUGACCUCAUCUACCUCCUGGACAUCACUGUGUUCCAGAUGCGCCUGCAGUUUGUCAGAGGGGGAGACAUCAUUACCGACAAGAAGGAGAUGCGUAAUAACUACCUGAAAUCUCGUCGCUUUAAGAUGGACCUUCUCUGCCUCCUGCCCUUGGACUUGCUCUACCUGAAGUUUGGUGUGAAUCCCCUCCUGCGCUUGCCCCGCUGUUUGAAGUACAUGGCCUUCUUCGAGUUUAACAGCCGCCUGGAAGCCAUCCUCAGCAAAGCCUAUGUUUACAGGGUGAUCAGGACCACGGCUUACCUGCUCUAUAGCCUGCACGUGAACUCUUGUCUGUAUUACUGGGCAUCAGCCUAUCAGGGCAUCGGCUCCACUCACUGGGUUUACGAUGGCGUGGGAAACGGUUACAUUCGCUGUUACUACUGGGCUGUGAAGACCCUCAUCACCAUUGGUGGGCUGCCUGACCCCAAAACGCUCUUUGAAAUCGUCUUCCAGGGCCUGAACUAUUUCACAGGUGUCUUCGCUUUCUCUGUGAUGAUCGGACAGAUGAGAGACGUGGUGGGGGCCGCCACCGCCGGGCAGACCUACUACCGCAGCUGCAUGGACAGCACUGUGAAGUACAUGAACUUCUACAAGAUCCCCAGGUCUGUGCAGAACCGGGUCAAGACCUGGUACGAGUACACCUGGCAGUCCCAAGGCAUGCUGGAUGAGUCAGAACUGAUGGUGCAGCUUCCAGACAAGAUGCGUUUGGACCUUGCCAUCGAUGUGAACUAUAACAUCGUCAGCAAAGUGGCUCUCUUCCAGGGCUGUGACCGACAGCUGAUCUUUGACAUGCUGAAGAGGCUCCGCUCUGUCGUCUACCUGCCCAACGACUACGUGUGCAAGAAGGGGGAGAUUGGUCGAGAGAUGUACAUCAUCCAGGCGGGACAGGUGCAGGUCCUGGGUGGCCCUGACGGGAAGGCCGUGCUGGUGACGCUGAAGGCUGGAUCCGUGUUUGGAGAAAUAAGCUUGCUGGCUGUUGGGGGCGGGAAUCGGCGCACGGCCAAUGUGGUCGCCCACGGGUUUACCAACCUCUUCAUUCUGGACAAGAAGGACCUGAAUGAAAUUUUGGUGCAUUAUCCUGAGUCUCAGAAGUUACUCCGGAAGAAAGCCAGGCGCAUGCUGAGAAACAACAACAAGCCCAAGGAGCCCAAGAGCGUGCUCAUCCUGCCACCCCGGGCAGGCACCCCCAAGCUCUUCAACGCCGCCCUCGCUGCAGCAGGAAAGAUGGGCAAGGGGGCCAAAGGCGGCAAGCUUGCCCACCUGAGGGCCCGGCUCAAAGAGCUGGCUGCGUUGGAGGCCGCGGAGAGGCAGCAACAGCUGCUGGAACAGGCCAAGAGCUCGCAAGACGCUGCGGGAGAGGCGGGCCCGGCCGCCCCGGAGCAGCCAGCACCGCCGCAGCCGGAGGCCCCGGAGCAACCAGAGCCUCCAGCCCCGCGCUCUCCGCCACCUGCCUCCCCUGGGAGGCCCGAGGAAGGCGGGGAGUCGGAGGCCGCGCCCUCAGAGUCCUCCGUGCGGAUCCGCGUGAGCCCGGGCCCGGAUCCCGAUGAGGAGACCCUGUCGGUGGAGAUCCCGGAGGAGAAGAAGGAGGGCGAGUGA